UGAGUCUCUGUAAGGCUGCUAAGAAGAAGGAUAGGACUAGCAACGGAGCUCUUAUGAUUAGUAAAGAUCCUGAGAAUUUGAGAGAUAUCGCGUUUAGAGAGUAUAAGAUUUUAGUUAAAGAAGAGAACGAAGUAAACGAAGAGGUUUUAGUUAGAGAUGUUUUAUACGCGUGUCAAGGCAUCGAUGGGAAGUUUGUUAAGUUCAACAGCGAGAUCAACGGUUACGCGGUGGUUGAUUACAUUAAUACCCCUCGAGCUACUAAGGUUAUGAUACGUACCCUCUCUGAGCUCGGGUGGUUGUUUAAGAAAGUUAAAACCUUUGUAUCAGAGAGUAUGGUGGAUCGGUUGGAAACCGUUGGACAAGCGUUUUGCGCGGCGUUGCAAUACGAGGCCAGGGCUCCGUUGGAUACUGUGUUUACUGACUCUGCUCUGUCCAAAUACUUGAGAGUGUUUAAUUUUCUCUGGAAGUUGAAGAGGGUAGAGCACGCUCUCAUCGGGAUUUGGAAGACCAUGAAACCCAAUUCGUUUGUUAAUCUCCAAAGCUCGGUGAAGCUGCAGCUGCUCUCUGCGCUGAGGAGGUGCCAGGUUCUUUGGAAUGAGAUGAACCAUUUCGUCACCAACUUUCAGUAUUACAUCAUGUUUGAGGUGUUGGAGGUGUCGUGGUGCAACUUCUCGAAAGAGAUGGAGGCUGCUAAAGACUUAGAUGAUCUUCUGGCAGCACAUGAGAAGUACCUCAGCUCCAUCGUUGGGAAGUCUCUUCUGGGAGAACAGUCGCAGACCAUCCGCAAAUCACUUUUUGUUCUCUUUGAGCUUAUAUUACGGUUCAGGAGUCAUGCAGAUCGUUUGUAUGAAGGAAUCUACGAGCUGCAAAUAAGAACUAAAGAAUCAGGAAGAGAAAGAACCAAAACGCAAGAGUCAAGUUCAUGGAUCAGUGAGGGCAGAAAGGCCAUAACACAGCGUGCUGGAGAAUUUCUUCAGAGCAUGAGUCGAGAUAUGGACAGUAUAGCGAAGGAAUACACAACCUCACUAGAUGCGUUCCUGUCUCUCCUGCCUCUCCAACAAACUGUGGAUCUCAAGUUCCUCUUCUUCCGGCUUGACUUCACUGAGUUCUACAGCCGGUUGCAUUUUAAAAGAAAAGAAAGUUGAAAGAGUAGCGAGUUUAGUUGAAAAGCAUAUUCCACAAUAGCAAGGGAAGAAGUUAUGUUCUACUUUGACUAACCGCUGACUGCAGCAUGUGCUUGGAGAGGACUUUUUCUCUUGAAUCUAGGUGCGUGGAAGAAUAUGUUUCUUAAUUAUGCCAGUUAUUUAUGAGUCUGCCUCAUAGAUCUUCUGUCAUUUGCACAGAUUCUUGUUUCAAGUGUCUUGUAUUAAUGUUUGGGAUUGGGAAACAGAUUCAGUGGUUGUGAGAUGGGGAAGGUUUGUGUUUGAAUCUGUGCCAUCAGCUUUAGUUUCGUUUGUUUUUUCUUUUCACCAUGUGCCCAUGUGGUAUCUGUAAGCUCUAUUUGAGCUUUUGCUGAUUUGUUUAAUUAGAUUGAUAUAACAAGGAAUUAGUUGUUUGAUAA